AUGUCCGAGCCCGCCGCCGACCCCCCCGUGCCCCCUCCCACCGCCCCCGCUGCCGCCGAGGUCAAGGCCGAGAGCUCUAGCGCUGCCGCCGAGACGGCCGCCGCUACUGGAGACGACGUCAAGAUGGAGGAGGUCAAGCCCGUCGAGGAGACGUGGGAUGACAUUCCGGAGCACGUUGUCUCUGGUGACGUCCAGGAGAUUCGCAUGCAGACGCGCAUGAUUGACAAUGAGGUCAAGAUGAUGCGCCAGGAGAACCUGCGUCUCGCCCACGAGCGCAACCAGAUGCUUGAGAAGAUCCAAGACAACACCACCAAGAUUAAGCAGAACAAGGUCCUGCCGUACUUGGUGUCCAAGGUCGUGGAGAUCCUCGACGUCGACGCCGAGACUCAGGAGGGUGCUGCUCACAACGAGCACAAUGCAAAGAAGUCCAAGUGUGCUGUCAUCAAGACCUCCACCCGUCAGACCGUCUUCCUGCCCAUCAUUGGUCUUGUCCCUCACGAGGAGCUCCGCCCCGGAGACCUUAUUGGUGUGAACAAGGACUCGUACCUUGUCCUUGACAAGCUGCCAGACGAGUACGACGCGCGUGUGAAGGCGAUGGAGGUGGACGAGAGGCCGACCGAGAAGUAUACCGACAUUGGUGGUCUGGACAAGCAGAUCGAGGAGCUGGUCGAGGCCAUUGUCCUCCCCAUGCAGCAGGCCGAAAAGUUCAAGACCCUCGGCAUCACCCCGCCCAAGGGUUGUCUCAUGUACGGCCCUCCCGGUACCGGCAAGACCCUCCUUGCUCGUGCUUGUGCCGCCCAGACCAACGCAUGCUACCUCAAGCUCGCCGGCCCCUCGCUUGUCCAGAUGUACAUCGGUGACGGUGCCAAGCUGGUGCGCGACGCGUUUGAGCUUGCCAAGCAGAAGGCUCCGGCUAUCAUCUUCAUCGAUGAGCUCGACGCAGUGGGCACCAAGCGUUUCGACAGCAACAAGGCUGGUGACCGUGAGGUUCAGCGUACCAUGCUCGAGCUGCUUAACCAGCUUGACGGUUUCUCGAGCGACCAGCGGAUCAAGGUCAUUGCCGCCACCAACCGUAUCGACAUUCUUGACCCCGCACUGCUCCGUUCGGGUCGUCUGGACCGCAAGAUCGAGUUCCCUCUGCCGAACGAGUCGGCGCGCGAGCACAUUCUGCAAAUCCACGCGCGCAAGCUCAACCACACCAAUGUCAACUUUGAGGAACUGGCCCGCUCCACCGAGGACAUGAACGGUGCCCAGCUCAAGGCCGUCUGCGUCGAGGCCGGAAUGCUCGCGUUGAGACAGAACGCAACCCAGCUCACGCACGAGCACUUCCACGGUGGUAUUCUCGAGGUGCAGGCGCGCAAGGCAAAGGAGCACCACUACUUUGCCUAA